AUAGAAUCAAAUCGAGACUUAUGAAAGUAUUUCUUAGAUUUUUGUAUUUCUAAUCUUCUAAAAAAAGUCCAAUAGGAAAUGACUCUACCUUCUAAUUCUUAGUUUUGAGGAUUUUAUACUUGAAUAAUUCGAUAUGAUCUUAAUCGAUCCAGCAAAAUAUUGAUCGCAUUCGCAGAAACCUUGCAAGAUUCAAACCGAGAUUUUUGGAAAAGAUAGCUCUAAGAAAGAUAAUCUAAUAAAAGGAUCAACAAAUUGUAUUGUAAAGAAAGAGAGUUAAUCUUUGGGAUUGAAGAAGAAAAGUGGAUGGGAUACGAAAGGUUUAUAUAUGCUCUUAAAUAUCAACUAGUAUAACUCAUGGAUUUUCCAUUUGCUUCACGAUAUUCUGGCAGAAAAUGAAGAGGAUAAUAAAAAGGCGACUGGUGUGAAAAUGAGUGGAAGCGAUUUAUGGAUACGUGAUCUCAUUACUAAAUAUGGUCUAAUCACAAUUAUUAUUAUCAUUUUUUCGGGCCUUAUAUCAUGGAAAUGGUCACGUUUUCGUCAACAUUACUUCGAAACUUUUUUACUUGGUUUUGAAUCCGAAUGUGCAGAAUUGACUAGAACUUAUAAAAAACGUUUAUUUGCACCGCUAGAAAAAUUUGUCUCACAUGAUGAAACUCUUCGCUGCUUAGGACGAAUAAGGAUACUGGAAAUUGGAGUGAAAACGGGUAAUAAUCUACAAUAUUAUCCAGAUGGGACCUGUUUUAUUGCCGUUGACUGGAAUCGAAAAUUAGAAGAGUAUUUAAUUAAUGGAGACCGCUCAUGGCAAUUUACUCAUAUUAUUUUUGAACGUUUUAUUAUAGGUGAUGGAAGCUCUCUGAAAGAAAUUCCAACAGGAUCUGUAGAUGCUGUCGUAACGACGCGAUCACUAUGUUCAACAAAAUCAGUGAGCAAAACAGUUAGUGAAAUUCAUCGUGUACUUGCACCUGAAGGAAAAUACUUAUUUUUGGAACAUUUGCCUGAUAAGCAAGGCUCAUUUAUCGGUUGGAUACAAAUUAUACUUACGAAAACAAAAAUAUGGCCAAUAUUUUUCGGUGGUUGUCAAUUAAAUUCUGAUCCAACAAAAUAUAUUACAAAAUAUGGAUUUAAAGACAUGAAAUGGGAGAAUAUUACAUUACAAGGAUAUGUAUCUCAACCACAUCAUCUUCUCCUUACAAGGCAUCAUAUCAUUGGAUCUGCUACUCGUUAAAGAUAAUGAAAUAAUUAUGUAAAAUAUAUAAUUAAUUUAUAGUUG